AUGGGGAACUGUCAAAAUUGUUUGAAUAAUGAACAAGAGCAGAUUGAGAUAGUUGUUAACAAUCCUACAGUGGAAGAUAUGUGUUCAAUGCAAGAGCAAUCUCCAUUGUUAGUGUUAGAUGUAAGGACAUGGCAAAAGGAGUCUUAUAGUCUUUAUGACUAUGAAAAUAGUUCGUUUAUACAUUGCCAAUAAAUAUCUAUAAAUGGAAAUAGCUAUUUGACUUGUAAAGCAAACAAGGUUUUGUAUAAUGAAGGGUCUUAUGCUAAUAAUAAGUAUAAAUGGGGAUGAUUAUUAUUAUCAUAGUGAGAACAAUGAUGAGGCCCUCUUGUUGCCUUUAGAAUUUGAUAAUGAAAGGUUUUAAUUACUGAAUUUACGCUUCAAUAGACGUAUUUAAAGUAAGGAGUUGAUUGAUGAAUACUAAAAGGAGGUAAAUUAUCAAUUAUUAUUAUUCUACAGGAUGGCGAUAAACUCUUAUCAGAAAAUUAGACUGUCCAUGCUGAUUUUUAAAUGAGUUUUAAUAUCUAAAAAUUACGUACUAAUACAAAUAGAUAAAUGGUAUGUGAAAUGAAUAAAGGUUGUAAAAUUUGGUUAGUCACCAGAUCUAUAUAAAAUAAUAGUCCUAAUGAAGGAAUAAUAUUAAAAGUAGGAGAUGUGAUCAAAUUAGGAAGAGUUAAAUUAAUAAUUAAAGCUAUUUAACUAUAAAAUGAUUAAAUAUAAGAUACUCCUGAUGACAUUUCUAUGUGUUCAGUAGAAGAUAAAAAUGAGGAUACUAAAUAAUGUCGUAUAUGUUUAUCUACAGGUGAAACACUCACAAAUCCACUUAUUGAUCCAUGCAAAUGUUGCGGAGGUACAAAGUAUAUUCAUAUAAAAUGUUUAUUAAAAUGGUAUUGUAUUUUAAAUUACUUUUAAGGAUAUAAUAAAGUUCUCAUUUCAAUAGUAAUGCAUAUUGUACUAGAUUAAUUUGGAAAUCAUUAGAAUGUGAAAUUUGUAAAUAUUAAUUUCCUCCAAUAUUUGAAAGAGAUGGUAGAACUUUCAAUCUUAUUGAAUUAAGUAAACCAAAAUAACCAUAUGUUAUGAUGGAAUUUCAAUAAAAGAAACAACAUGAUAAUACUUAAAAUAAUGAUAGAAAUGGUGUUUAUAUAAUUAAUUUUGGUACUAAGAAAGAACUGAGAAUUGGUAGAAAUCAUGAAGUUGAAAUUAGUAUUGCUGAUAUUAGUGUUAGUCGUGAACAUGCACAUCUAAGAUUUGUUGGUGAUAAGAUUAUUUUAUCUGAUAAGAAAUCUAAAUUUGGAACUCUAGUUUUAUUAUAAAAGAAUAUAACUCUAUAACCUUAAUUAUCUGGUUUAGAGAUACAAAUUAAAAGAACAUUAAUAAAAAUUAAUAAUAACUAAAAUACUCAUUCAAUUUAAUAAUAGGCAGACUUUGAAUAACUUUUAGGAAGAAUCGAUUGA